AUGGCUUCAAAGAACGGCAAUGGCAAAAAGGCGCCGCCCUCUGCGGCUGUUAACCUUAUUGCUGGUGGUGGUGCUGGUAUGAUGGAAGCUCUCGCCUGCCAUCCCCUCGACACAAUCAAGGUUCGCAUGCAGCUCUCAAGGCGCGCCCGUCAACCAGGAGCCCCUAAGCGCGGCUUCCUGAAAACCGGCGCCGCCAUCGUCGCAAAGGAGACGCCCCUCGGCCUGUACAAGGGUCUCGGCGCCGUUUUUACGGGAAUCGUCCCCAAGAUGGCCAUCCGCUUCACCUCGUUUGAAAAGUACAAGCAAUUCCUCGCCGACGAGACGGGCGCCGUGUCCGGCAAGAGUGUCUUUAUUGCCGGUCUGGCUGCCGGUGUUACGGAAGCCGUCUGCGUCGUGACACCCAUGGAGGUCAUCAAGAUCCGUCUCCAGGCGCAGCACCACUCCAUGGCGGAUCCCCUCGAUGUUCCCAAGUACCGCAACGCUGCUCACGCGCUCUACACCGUCGUUAAGGAAGAAGGUUUUGGUGCGCUGUACCGUGGUGUAAGCUUGACGGCGCUGAGGCAGGGUUCUAACCAGGCUGUCAACUUUACUGCUUACAGCUACUUCAAGGACUGGCUGAAGAAGGCCCAGCCUCAGUACGAAAACACUAACCUGCCCAACUACCAGACCACCCUGUGCGGUCUUGUGUCGGGUGCCAUGGGUCCUCUGAGUAACGCUCCUAUCGAUACUAUCAAGACACGUCUGCAACGGGGAGGUGCUGAGCCUGGAGUUAGUGCUUGGGCUCGUAUUACUCGAAUUACUACCCAAAUGUUCAAGGAAGAAGGAUUCUAUGCUUUGUACAAGGGUAUCACACCUCGAAUUAUGCGUGUUGCUCCUGGUCAAGCCGUCACCUUUACAGUCUACGAGUUCCUCAAGGAUAAGAUGGAGAGAAGUAACCUGUCUCUUGUCGGAGGCAAGUAUGAGGAGUAA